AUGGGUCUUGUAACAAAGAAACGGCUUCUCACAACUGACGAAGCCAAGCUGAGGUCAUCAGCACACGACGGUCGAUGUCCAUCCAGCAUUGCGGGUGAUUCAGCAAUCAACGAUACACCAGCUCGUGUAUUAGGCACUAUACUCCGUACCAAGCCUUGGACCGGAAGUCAAAGACAUGAUCAAGCUGCGCUUAGGAACACGCUGGCUCUAACACUGGGCCCUUCAACUGGUGGAACAGAAUACACGAGUGAGGCCAUGCAGUCGUUGCACACCUCGCUUGCAGACGAUAGAACACGUCGAUCAACCAAGUAG